UCUAUGAUUAAAACCCUAAUUUUGCUCGCUCUCAACUUCUUCUCUUGAAUUCGAAAGCUCCUUCACCGUUUCUCUUUCUCUCUCUCUGCUUUUUGCUCUCUCAUGUCGACGGCACGUGAAGAGAAUCCUUACGAAGGCGGAGGCGGGUUUGGUAAGUUCCGAAAACGACCGUUUCGGAGGGCCCAAACGACGCCGUACGAUCGGCCACCGACAGCGUUGAGAAACCCUAACAGGAACAACGGUUGGUUCUCGAAGCUUGUCGAUCCCGCGCAGAGGCUCAUCGCUUCUAGCGCCCACAAACUUUUCGCCUCCGUUUUCCGCAAACGCCUUCCUCCACCUUCACAAGGCACAGAAACAGCACAGGAAGUGACGGACCAUCAUCAGGAAACAGCUAGCGUUGAGGAACAGGCUGCAAAUGAAUCCUCUGGCAGGCAAGGAGGAGUAGGUGAAACUGGUAUCCAAAUUAACUGUUCUGAUGGAGAUGGAUUAACUGAGCUUGAGAAACUAUUAAAGCAGAAAACUUUCACCAGAUCAGAGAUAGAUCAUUUGAUAGAACUUAUGCGUUCAAGAACAGUGGAUUUACCUGUUGAGGAAGAAGGGAAGAGAACAGAAGUGAUUCCAUCUGAUCCAAUUUUGCCUGGUGAACAAAAGGAAGAAUAUCCCAGAACUCCAGCCCUAGAGAAUGGGAUUGAUAACCAUCUUAUUUCAACCCCUUUUGUUAAUUCCACUGUUUCUAUUGAUGAUACUGCUUCACCUGCGGAGCUUGCAAAGGCUUACAUGGGGAGCAGGCCUUCAAAGGUAUCCCCAUCAAUGUUAGGCUUGCGGAGUUCUCUCAGGGAGGAUCCAACUCUACUAAAAGGUCAACGCAUUGCUCAGAAAUCCCCAAUUAUGUCAAUCGUGCCAAGGGCUACUACCGUUAGUAGGGUUCAUGAAAAUGGUUUUGUGACCCCAAGAUCUCGUGGCAGAUCAGCAAUAUAUAGUAUGGCUCAGACACCUUAUGCCAGAGUUUAUCCAGCCUCUACGUCCAAGGGUACUGGGGUUUCCGUUGAUGGUGAUCCGUCACAGCAUGCAUUAGAUCAUGAUAUGCUUUCUGGAUCCAAACAAGGGGCGUUAAAGCGUAGAAGUUCUGUAUUAGAUAAUGAUAUAGGAUCUUUUGGCCCUAUACGCCGAAUCCGUCACAAAUCUAAUCUUCUAUCUUCCAAAAGCUUGAUCUCUCCCCAUUCGGGAAGCCCUCUAUCUAUAAAUAGGAGUGGAGUUGGCAUUGAUCCUGCUCAGCAACCUUCAUCUUCUAUGCAGAAGCCUGUUCUGUUUGGGGAAGUUAAGCAUAGGCAUACAAAAUUGGCUGCAGAAAAUGUGGAUGACACUAUGCCUAGUACCAGCUUUCCUCCUUUACCCUCAAAAUCUAGUGAGAUGGCCUCAAAAAUACUGCAGCAACUUGAUAAGUUGGUUUCUCCUAAAGAAAAAUCAUCAGAACUGAGGCUACCAACUGUAACCGAUAAGUCUCCAACAAAGUUGUCCUCAUCCAUGUUACGAGGACCGGCUCUUCGAAGUAUGGAGAAAGUAGAUUCAUCAAAAUUCCUGGAUAACUUACAGGAUAAUGAAUUGGAUGGCACACUUGGAAAUUUGUCUGCUAAUGCUGAAAAGUUAACAUCAAAGCUAGACAAAGUUGAAAAUGGUCCAUUGAAGCUUGUUGCUCCUGCUGAUGGAAUAGUUCCUGUUGUGACUGAUGCAGAUACUACAGUCCAACGGAAGCAAGAUAUAUCUAUUGUAAGAUCUGGAGAUUCCUCUGGAGCAAAACCUGUAUCUUAUAGUCCGCAAAAAAAGAGGGCAUUCCAUAUGAGUGCACAUGAGGAUUAUCUGGAGCUGGAUGAUGAUGCCCAUCCUAAUGGAGCUGUGCCUCCUUUCUCUGUUUCUGGGAAAGAAACAACAGUCUCCACUGCUGUGGCUGAGAAAAUUACCACAUCUACUGAUACAGCUGUAAUUGGGAAGACCCCUGGUUCACCUGUACCAAUGCCGUUCAAAAGUUUUAUGUUUGAUGGUAAACCUCAUGUUAGGACAGCUGAUGGGUCUGUAGUUGAAGGGAAGGUUGAUGUACCAACCUCUAUAGCUUACUCUGUCUCUGAUACUAAUUCUAAGCCAACUACAGGUGCAAUUAUAGCAGCUUCUAACACGAGUUUAGGCUCUGACAAGUGUACUUCACCAAAUGGAUCAGUUGGUAAACCUUCUCUGUUUAACUUUGGGAAUAAAAUUGUUCCAUCAAAAGAGCUGACAGCUGCUGAUGGUCCACCAAAGGAGUCUCCUAAAUCGGGUCCAAUAUUUGGUUUGGAGAAAGUUGCACCAUCAGAGGAGCCAGGUGCUAAUGCCCCAUUGGUUAAUACUGGCUUCAACAAAAAUGUUAACAAUGUUUCACAAGUGCCAUUUACGUUCUCUUCAUCUGUUGAUGGUGAAUCUGGUGCGUUCAAAUUUGGUGCUGCUUCUGACAAACCAAAAAGAUCAAUCAGCUCAACUACUGUUUCUGGUACUGUUGAUUCAAUGCCAAAAGCUUUUGACACUGAUAAUACUGAUGUGAAGACUAAUGUAGUGACUGGUUUCUCUGCUCGGUCAUCUGAGCCAACUGUUUCUUCUGCAGCAUCGACAUCACCUGCAAAUAUAUUUACCUUUGGCAACAGUUCAAAUCAAAACAAUGGGCCUGCUGCUUCGAGCCCUGCAUUUUCCUCUCAAUUUCCACCUUUGGUUACAAAUAAUUUUACAAGUCAGAAUAUAUUCAGUAGCUCAUCCCUUGCAGCUAGCAACAGCAGUGUUAGUGCCACUGCAACCUCCUCUUGCACUAGCAUUACAACCAAUACCCCUGCUGUAGUUCCAGCCAGCAAUAGCAGUUCCUCCUCCCAAGUGGUGGCAUCUUCAUCUCCAACAACUUCCUUUUUCAAAUUUGGAUCUACCUCAUUACCAUCAAGUUUACCUGUAUCAUCUUCUGGCUCAGAACCUGUGGAAAGCAAGAGCAGGCAGAAUGCAGGAAGUAAUAAUAUUGUUGGCACUUCAUUUGGAAGCUCUUCUGCUGCAGUUGGAAUUGGAAGCACAGGGAGUGGCAUUUUUGGGUUUAGUUCCUCAGCAAUGACAACCGUAAAUAGCCAGUCUCAGGGUUCUGUCUUUGGCACAACAAGUGGGGCUGUCCCUGGUGGUCUGGGGUCUUCUGUUACUAGUGGUUUUACAACUUCGUCUCAGAGUCAGUCAGUGGCACUUGGUUCAUCUGCAUCAUCCCCAUUGUUUGGGUUGACUGGGAACACAUCUUUUUCUUCUGCGAAUUCGUUGUUUCCUUCUUCAAGUUCUACACCAAACAUUUUCAACUCGGGUACAACUUCUGGACAAAGUACCUCUGCUUCGUCUUCAGAAGCCAACCCUGUUAGCUCCAAUGGUGGUACAAGUGCUACGUUGUUUGGGCUUUCUAACUGGCAGCCCAGCAAGUCUCCCCUUGGUUCUUCCUUUAGUUCAUCAGCUUCAUCUUCGUCUGGGUUUUCCUUUGGUUCUUCUUUUAGUUCAUCUUCAUCUACCUCUGGGUUUUCCUUUGGAGCAUCCACUCCUGCUGUUACUGCUACCAGUUCUCCCAUGAUGUUUGGAUCAUCCACCAGUGCAUCAACACCUCAGUUCUCAUUCACUUCUGCUGCAGCUACUACCAACAUGCAGCCUUCUUUUGGAAGUUCUAGUCCUGCCUUCACGUUCGGUUCAGCUUCUGUUAGUAAUGAUCAGAUGAGCAUGGAGGACAGUAUGGCUGAGGACACAGUUCAAGCAACACCACCAAUGACUCCUGUAUUUGGUCAACAACCUGCCCCACCUCCAUCAAAUUUUGUAUUUGGAGCAUCAACUCCGACAGGAGCGAGUCCUUUCCAGUUUGGGAGUCAACAGAAUAUUGCUCCACAGAAUCCAUCUCCAUUUCAGGCGUCUGGCAGUCUAGAAUUUAAUGCUGGAGGGAGUUUCUCAUUGGGUACUGGCGGAGGUGACAAGUCUGGUCGAAAAUUCGUGAAAGUUAAGCAUAAGCCGCGUAAGAAGUAAAAGACUAUAGUUAUGAAAAUGGUUCUCUAUCACUACUGGAGUCUGAACUUCAUUGAUGCAACGAAUUAAUAGGCUUUAAAGGUGAGUGUCCUGAAUCACUGUCCAGUUAGUUAGGAGGAAUCUGGACUGGUGAUGUUAUCGAAAGCAAAUCAACACAUGCAAUCGUGCCAAUCUCAUGUUUUGCUUCUUAUCGAAUGCAAGGCAUAAUUUUUCACAAUUUUGUGAUAGUAUGAUAUUAUAGAACAUAAUCUGCUGUACUUGUAAUGGUUUUAGGUUAGGAUCAAGAUUUGGUCAGUUAUGUUCACAAUCCCUGUAUUCUCGUUACUUGUAUCAUAGCCAGAAAUAGGCAUGAAUUUAUGGCUUAGCUGGUUGUCAAAUAACUUACAAUUCAAGUGAGCAAUCUGUGAAUGUUUAUUAGCUAAUAGGCCUUUGGCCUUCUUUUUACGAUAUAUUUUUGCAU